AUGUUGGAGUUCUUGUUUAGCAACCCUCACAAUAUUGCAGGAGACAGAAAAAUUUACGUGGAUGCUACUGAUAAUAGCAAUUAUUUAACUCUGGAUCAAGUCAAAUCAAAAAUAUUGAAGGCUACUGCUGGUCUCAAGCGUGAAUUUGGUCUGAAAAAGGGUGAUGUUGUGGCUAUUUGCUCACCUAAUCACAUUGAUUAUCCUGUCCUUCUUCAUGCCACCGUUGCUGCAGGUGGCGUGGUGGCUGCUAUUGAUUAUGAAGCUCAUCCAGACAAAAUUGCUGAAGAUUUAGAUACUGUUCAAGCAAAACUUAUCAUCACUCACAAGGAUAACCUCACGAAUGUUCUCGCUGGUGCAAACAUUUUCGGCAUGCAUGAAUCCAGAAUUAUCACCUUUGGCAAUGUCAGCGUGCACGGUCUUUCUACUGUGGACGACACGAUUCUCUCCAAGGAAGAAUACGCCGAACCUAUGACUUUCACCGAAGACCAAUUAAAGAAUGAUCCUGCCUAUCUUUAUUUCACUUCCGGUACCACAGGCAGAAAGAAGGCUGUGAUCAUGACCCAAGGGGGUCUUCUCGCCAGUAUGCAUGUGAUGGAAGACUGGGAUGUCUACGAGAUCAAUCUUCUUGCCUACACUGAAUUUCAUCACGCCAGUUCUUUAUUAAUCGUCCUUCACUUGGCUAUUAUUUUCGGCUACACCUGUUAUGUUGUCUCUCACUACGACAUCCGUACCUUGUGUGAGGCGAUCGAGAAAUAUAAGAUUCAUGUCACUGCCACUCAACCUUAUAUCCUUGCUGCUUUUGCCAAGGACAGGGUGGCUGAAGAAUACGAUCUUUCUUCCCUCAAGUUGGUUGUCAGUGCUGGUGCUGCCCUUGAUAAUAGCGUUACUCUGCUCGCCAAAGAACGACUGGGUCUGACUGUCAUUAAUGGCUAUGGUAUGACCGAAGUGCUUGGCUUGUUCAACAUGACUCCUGAACUCACUUUGAAAAACAGUCUCGGUACUUUGGCUGCUGGUUUCGAAGCACGCGUGGUCGAUGAGGAGGGUAAGGAUGUACCUCGAGGUCAAAUGGGUGAACUGUGGAUCAGAGGCCCUACCGUCACAAAGGGUUACUAUCGCAAUCCUGAAGCUACUGCCAGUGCCAUUGACGCCGACGGCUUCUUGCAUACAGGUGAUUUAGUCACUAUCGAUGAAAACAAUCAAUUUUACUACGUUGAUCGCUGUAAGGAUAUGAUCAAAUACCGUCUCACCCAUAUAUACCCUAGUGAGAUUGAAAAUAUCCUCUUUACUCAUCCCAAGGUGGCUGAUUGUGCGGUGAUUGGUGUCUACAAUGCUGAACUUAUCACUGAAUUGCCUCGUGCUUAUGUACAUUUGGUUGACGGUGAAAAGCAUUCGCAGGAAGUGGAGCAAGAACUUCAGAAAUAUUGCGAUUCUCGUCUUCCUGACGAAAAACAUCUACGUGGUGGUGUCGUUAUUGUGGAUGAUUUUCCUCGUACUGCCUCUGGUAAAAUCCAACGACGUCUUCUUCGUCAACAAGCCAAUGAAGAAGCCAAAGUUAGCGUUGUUGCCUAA